AUGGAUCUGUUUGAUGAUUUAAACUGGAGACAUACGAAGCUACUGAUGUCUAGCUUCGGUGCUUGGCCCUUUCAGUCACGAGCUAAACGACUAAUACUUGGAACUACCGGUCACUUUAUGCUAGAAAGUAUGCUGAUACCCGAGCUAAAAAAUUUAUUAAUGCGCGUCCAACGCGACUGGCAACUAAAUUUAGAUGAAUCAGAAAUAAAAAUCCUGCGUAAUGAUGGACACAAUCAUAAAAUAUUCAUGGAUUUUUACUACAUUAGCAUAUAUUCGGCAGCAGUAAUUUACAUGCUGGUACCGAUAAUACCAAAAAUAUUAGACUACAUCGUACCGUUAAAUGAAUCAAGACCAUCGUUACCAUUCUAUCAAGCUGAAUAUUUCGUCGACCCGAACAAGUACUCGACAAUUAUUUACAUUUGCUCAUGUCUUGUAACUCCAAUCACUCCGACCGUUUUUGUAGCAUUCGACUCUAUUUACUCCUGUCUCAUCCAACAUUCCUGCAGCAUGUUCACUAUUAUUGGACGUCGGUUGCAAAAUUUGACAAAUGAUUUGAAUAUUUCCCGCAAUGAAAAAAAUGAUGAUGAUAAAUUUAAGUUGCUGACAGUAAUAAUGGCCAAUAAAUUGGUAGAUAAAAUAAGAAUUGGUUGGUUUGGAAUGUGUCAAGUUGUCCACUUAUAUGUACUCAGUUACUUUGGACAGAAAUUAAUCGAUCACAGUGAAUACAUACACAAAUCUGUAUGUUUAACUCACUGGUACAGUUUUCCUCAUAAAACGAAACCACUGAUUGUUUUAAUACUGCUGAGAUGUAAAAUACUGUCGAAAAUAACGGCGGGAAAACUUUACGUUAUGUCUGUAGAAAAUUUUACGUCUGUAAUGAAAAAAUCAAUCUCUUAUUUUACAGUACUGACGUCAGUACAGUAA